AUGUUAACUGUUCAAAAGUUGCAACCAACUAUUACUGAUGUCAAAGAACUUAUACAGAAAGAGGACUAUGUAGGCUACAGAAGGGGCUCUUUAGUUUUGAAACCCCUUAUGCAGAUGGGCUUCGAGGAGUCCAACCUUAAGGAAUAUGACUCUCCAGAAAUGUGUGAUGAACUUUUGUCAAAUGGUCUCGUUGCAGCUGUUUUUGAUGAAAUUCCCUACAUGAAGCUUUUUGUUGCAAAAUAUUGUACAAAAUAUAUCAUGGUUGCACCAACAUACAAGACUGACGGAUUCGGCUUUGUUUUCCCAAUUGGCUCCCCUUUGGUCCACGAUGUUUCAAGAGCUGUCUUAAAUGUGACCGACGGAGACAAAAUUGUAGCUAUUGAGGAACGCUGGUUUUCAAAAAACCCCAAUUGUUCUGACAGUAGUAGCGCAUCGGAUAGUCUCGGUCUUGACAGCUUUUGGGGCCUAUUCCUUAUAGUUGGAGUUAUUUCAUUGUCAGCUCUUCUUGUGUUCAUGGCCAUGUUUGUUUAUGAGAACUGGCAUCUCCUGAGGAGCUGUGAUCCCAAUGCUUCAUUAUGGGAAAGAAUAGCAGUGAUGGCUAGACAUUUUAACAAAAAAGAUAGCAGAUUCUAUACUUCCAGAAGUAGUGAAUUACAAGACAGAAUCGGUGUCCAUGGUCUGGAUUGUGUGGGGGCAGGUGAAGCCUCACCAAAUUCAAACUGCAUGCGAAGUUCAUCAAGCUUUUCACUCCAAGCCUCUCCAGAUACUGUUUUCAGCGAGCAGGGGACUCCUCAAAAUGUGCACGUCUUUCCAAAUAUGCACCUGGAAACAGUUCGAGAGAUACUACCGGCUAUUGAGCUUACCAGUGCAAAUCAAGAGGGUUAG